UUGGUGAACCUUACUGUGAUUGGUCAAAGUCGCUCAUUACGUCACGUCCCUCAUUUAGGGGGCCCUGUGAUUGGCCGGAGGUCCCCGUCUUGUCAUAGGUUUCCCCCGGCGCGCCCCGUGAUUGGCGGAGGCAGGACGAGUGUUUGGCGGGAAGGACGGCGUCCCCUGUGUCUCCCUCGACCAUUGUUUACAUUUUCCUUUUAAACCUUCCUGGCCUAACCUUGGGGCUGCCCGGCGCGUCGUCUGAGGACAGGCAUCCUAGGGGCAGGAAACCAUCACAGGCCACCGGUGCUGCGAGGCGGCGGGUGGCAGGCUGUGGCAGGCUCGAAGAAUAUCAACAAGUGGUUGUGGGGAGAGACGAACAAGAGCAGACACGAGCCCGCCAUCAGCAGUGGAGGAAGUAUACUUUGCUUCACUUACCUGAAGGGCCGCUGUGCAUCAUGAGGGCUGUGCACCACUGCUGAGCGAGUCACCUUGGCUGUGCCCGUCAUACAGGUGGCCUUAGGCAGUCAAUGAGCCAUCUGAUAAACGUUAUUUCUGAAGUGAUUUGUGAUUUGACCUGAGGAGGACAGCAGAGUGGUGGCGUGCUCGGGUGUGCACCAGACCCCAGCACCAGGAUCAUGGCCGAGGCUAAUGGGGGAGGUGGAGGAGAACCUGUGGCCCACCGCACACGUGGUGCUCUUGAGGAGCUGCCCCGAUCCACCACCAUCACCCUCCACCAAACCCCUCCAGGUAAUAUGGACAACAACCUCACCUGGUCAGCCACAGUCAACUUGCCAUCCUCGUACCUCUCCCUGACACCUUCACCAGAUGAGCUGAUCAUCAGAGGGCGGGGUAGGAGGUCAUUGCCCAUUGAGUGGUCUCCUAUACCCAUUGAGAGUCCCAUCAAACGCACAGAUAAGACUCCCAUCAAGAGGUCCCCCGGCAAAGGCCUGAUUAUUCUUCGCUCCUCCCCUAGAAAGCGUCUGCAGCUGUCUGAUGCCUCACCCAAGGAGCUUAUGGAAAGCAGACGAAAAAUGCUGCAGAUGUCUCCAAUCUUGAAGAAGUGCCGGAGCUUGACUGUCUCCCCUUCACAGUCCCCUCCAGAGGUUGCAAUCAAAGGUCUCUCUCAAAACCAGUUGGUGGAUGUAUUGAGUCAUGUGCUGGAUAGACACCCUGAGCUCAAAGAUGAGAUUUCGGACAUACUGCCUGAGCCAGACUUGAAGCAGAUGGAAGAAAAGCUAAAUCUACAAAAGAAGUGUGUGUUCAAGGCUUUACCCAUUUCAAGGCUUGCCUCCAAAACAGACUCUCCAGCCUAUAACAAGGCAGCUCCACACCUUGCGGGUUUCAAGAGGACCCUGUUGGAGCAGUGCAACCAGCUAGUGGAGGCUGAGCAGUGGAUGAGUCUGGUGGACUACUCUUUGCUGGCAUGGUCCUAUGUGAGGGCCACCCCCAUCUGGGACUCCCCGCAGCACAACAACUGCCGGCGAGCCUGCUUCAAGAGUCUGGCUCAGCUCUGCCUCCAGGGACUCAAGAAAGUCACUUUGAUGCCAGACAGACUUGAGAACUUGCUAAAAAAGAUGGAGCAGUGCCGGCCUGACCAUGACGAAAUGCAGCACUGUGUGGACUACCUGCGCACAGUGCUCAGCAACCAGGUGUGAUGCCAGUUACUCCAUCACCACCUUGUGGGUCUGAUAGGGUUGUAUGGAGGCUUUAGGUAUUGUCAUGAUACUUGAAAAUGAGAAGGCCUUCUGUUGCUAGGCAUUAUUAUUUUAUCAGAAGACUUUCUAAGGAUCUUUUCUCUUUUAGAUUCAUGGCAUUAGGCAAAUGAAAGGUUUUAUCAGUCUUAUAGAGUAAGUUCUUGGUACACAGUUCCAUUUCUUCUUUUCAUCCAUAGGUAGUUUUUAGUACCACAAGUUUUUUUAUAAUUUCUCUAGAUUAAUUUUAUACUCAGAAAGGAGUCAUUGAUGCUGUGAACACGCAUAAAUUGUAUGAAUAUACAUUCCAAUAGUAAUUUUAGCAGUGGCAGAAACACAUGAGAUUGGAAAUUUGUCAUUGCUCAAAUCUGGAAUUUGUUUCAUUUACAGUUAUGAAAAACUAAUUACAAAAUAUGCUAACAAACCAUAACGAAAUUUUAUCAGCUGAAUCAACUGAAAUUUAGCAUAUAAAUCAUGAAUUUCUCACAAAGAAUACAAUGGGUUUGUGCCAAGUGUUUGGAUUUAGAUAAUAUUUAGUAACCUGCAGUGAUGACAAUUGUAAGUUAUCUUUUCCUGUUCAUUGAAUUUAGUUUCUUUAGGCAAUCCCCUGUUUGAUAACUACCAAGAGUGAGAAUUAAAUGAUUGAAAUUAGAGAAUAAAUUCCAAAUCUCUGAUGAUCAUUUUUUUGGUGUAAUAUAAGUCUUUUUAGCAUAAUUUGUAAUCUGAAGGGAAGUUCAUAAUAAGUUAAAGAAGCAUUAAUAACACAAAGUCGUGUGUAUGCACGAUAUUUUAAAAUAGAAUAUUCCUGUCAUCAGGAAUGUUGCUGGGCAGAGUGUGCCGAAGUUCAUCUAAUUAUGGGUAUCAAUUUUAUUGUUAACUAUUCAAAGUUGUCAAUAAGAUUAAUUAGAAGUACUGAGUUAACUGGGGAUAAACUUUAUCCUUAGUAGCUCUUUCCUCCCACUGUAUGUUCCUUUUUGACUGCCAAGAAUAUUUCUAUACUCUUAACUUUUAUUAAAAUGCAGAUAAUAUUUAAAUGAAGCAAUUGUUGAUCUUUAGUGAUGUGAAAUUCAAGUUAUGCCUUGGCCUGCUAUUCCUUGAUGAUGAUGAUGAUAAUGAUGCAUAUUUAGUGCAUUCAGUUGAAGGAGGGUUUGUUGACAUGUCUCAGGCAUUCAAGAACUGGAAGGAGAGUGUGGACUGUUUAUAUUUUGAUUUAGUGCCUUCUCAUGUUUUUAUUUAUUUAUUACAUAUAAAACAUACUCACAACAAUUUCUAAGAAAGUCAAGCAUUGCCUUUUCAUUAUGUAGAGAGAAGUCAAGCAUGGCCUUUUGUUGUGUAGCCUGACAAAAGAAUCUAGUCACAUAAACCAAGAUGCUAAUGUUCCAUACAUUAUUGUAGUUGGCAGAAAAAAACACCUUGGAAAGAAAGGUUCACUAUGUAUAUAGGGAGGACAGUUUAGCCUCAGUGUAACAGAUUGAGAAAGGGGGAGGUUGCUAUUUAUGUCAGCCUCUUUAGAUCUAGAUGAUUCUAGAUGGCUGUUGUUGAAACACACUCUCUCUCUGGAAAGUAGGAUGUCUUAUCAGUUGCUCCAAUUGUCUGAUUGAGAAAUGAGGUUCUGAUGCUAAUGAUGCCUUUUUUUUCCUUCUUUUUGUUGUUUCUUAUCACAAUUCAAGCUAGGCCACACUUGUUUGAUGAUCCAUGUUGUUGCUGUGGUGUUUUAUCUGACCCAAAAACACAAAGCACCCCUGUACUAUUAGCCUUAAUUUAAAACCAAAAUAUAGUGGGCUAUGCUACAACUACAAUAACAUUUGUAAGAUUAGUCAUUUUAGCAUACAUUGAAUUCAGUACACAUAAUUUGUGGCAAUCCAUUCCAGGCCUACGACCAAGACCCAAGUUGUUACCCAACGUGGUAAAGAGGGUUUUAUUAACAUGUCUGCAUAUCAUUUCCUAUCUUACAAACUACUCAUGUUGUUAUACAUGUCUUGACUAGUCUUCAAACAUUUUAGAAAACUAGGGAACAGCUUAAAAAUAAAAACGAGCGUGAAAAUACCAAUGAAAUGUUUGGACACGGUUAGCAGAGCAGCCUGAAAUGUCCCUCAGUUCACCAGAGCUGAAUUUCAAAAGGAGUGUUCACUCUCUUUACUAUGAAGGACCUUAGACCCUCACUACCCCCAUAGGAUCACUAAAAGGCAGGUGACUAUAUACCUAACCAUCUAUCGAGGGGUUUUGCCCUCCAUGACCCCCAUGUGUUUGCAUAUUUCAUUGCUUUGGGCUAUUUUGCUGCCAGUGGCCAUACUUGUUUUCAUACACUUUCAUUGUUAUUUUUUCCAUCGAUUUUCUGCCCACAUUGUUUCUUAUGGUUUUCCAAGAUUUGAAGGUUAGUAAAAGACAUACAGAAGAGUAGUUUGUGAGGUGGAACAUGUGGAGAAUGAAGCAGGGAAGGAGGAGGGGGAACUACUUUACAAAAAAGUUCGUCUUACUUUUUCUGCAUUUUUUUUUUUUUUUUUUUUUUUUUUUCAGAUUGUUGAUUCAGCCAUACCAUACUCAACACUUAGAUCUGCUACACUUUUUAAUUUUCUCACUGGGAAAUUAUUUCUUUCUGAAUUUCAGAAGUAAUUGAUUUUUGCUAUUUUGCAAGCUUAUGGCUAAAAGUGUAUUGCAUUAUAACUUUAAAAGGACUUUUUAUUUCUCUGCUGAAGGCAAAAUUGUGCAGAUGCAUAACCACCGCUGAUUCAUACAAACUUUUAAAAACACAGCGCAUGCACAACAAGGGCUCAAGGCAUCCCAUGACUGAAUUCUUUCACAUGUGUAGUAGCAUUUCAUUUGUUGUAGUGUCUUAAUUUUAUCAAUAAAAAAACGUUUGUUAUACCUGAUCC